GUCUCUGUUUAGCCAUAGUUGGGUAUUUUAUUAGAAAGGGUGUAGAAUCCUAACAUUUGGUAUCAGAGCCCGACAAAAAGAAAAAACUGGGGGUGGUUACGCGUCGCAUGGCACAAAGACAAAUGGAGGAACGAAUGGAAGGAACCGAGAAGGAGCUGCUGAGCAUGAAAGAAAUGCUACUGGAAAUGAAGAAAUCUAUGGAAAGACUGACAGAGGAACUAAGAGAGAAUCAUAGCUAUAAGAAAAGAGAUGAAUCCGGAACAUCUGAUGGAUCCAGCAUGAAGUUGAAAGGAAAAGUAGAAGAAUCGGAAGUCUGUAAUGAGGUAAAUGGAAGCAAUGUGGAUCGAAGUAAGUACGCAAAGUUAGAAAUGCCUAUGUUCUUAGGUGAAAAUCCAGAAUCCUGGGUAUAUAGAGCAGAACAUUUCUUUGAGAUGAACAACCUGCCAGAAAACGAGAAGAUCAGAGUGGCGGUGGUCAGUUUUGGGCAAGAGGAAGUGGACUGGUACAGGUGGACGCAUAAUAGGAAGAAAGUAGAGUCAUGGGAAGAUUUGAAAGGGAGGAUGUUUGAUUUCUUCAAGGACUCAGGACAAACAAGUCUAGUGGCACGCUUGAUUAGGAUUCAACAAGAUGGAUCCUACAGUGAGUAUGUGAAGAAAUUUGUCACAUAUUCAGCUCCCCUCCCUCACAUGGAGGAAAGUGUGUUACGCGAUGCUUUUCUGACCGGUCUGGAACCCAAUCUUCAGGCAGAAGUCGUUAGUCGUUACCCUCGAACAUUGGAAGAUUGUAUGAGGGAGGCUCAACUAGUCAAUGAUCGGAAUGUAGCAAUGAAAUUGACUAAGAUCGAGGGCAGGACAGUGGAACCAAAGAAAAAAGAAGAGUAUGCAGGAAAAAUCCAAGAUGGAACAGACAAAGGCUACAUGAGGAGGACAGAUUUCCCCAUAAAACAAGUAACUAUACCUAUUAAGGGUAGUUAUCAAAAAAAUGAACCUCCUAUCAAACGACUUUCAGAUGCAGAAUUCAGGUCCAGAUUGGAUAAGGGCCUAUGUUUUAAAUGCAAUGAGAAAUAUACACCAGGGCACAGAUGUAGAGUGAAGGAAAAAAGGGAGCUGAUGUUAUUUAUCAUGAAUGAAGAGGAGAGCAAGGAAGAGGAAGGCAAGAUGGAAGAGGAACCAGGGGAAACAGUGGAAUUAAACCAUCUGGAUUUUGCUGAAGGGGAGGAAAUAGAAUUAAAGACAAUCCAUGGGAUGGCAUCGAAGGGAACGAUGAAGCUGAAGGGAAAUAUAAAGGGCAAACGAGUCAUAGUGCUGAUUGAUAGUGGAGCAACCCAUAAUUUUAUACAUAACCGGACAGUAAAGGAAAAGAACUUAUAUUUGGAAAAAGGUAACCCGUUUGCAGUUACAAUUGGAGAUGGCACCAAGUGUACAGGCAAGGGUGUUUGCAAGAGAGUGGAAUUGGAACUACAAGGGGUGGUGGUGGUGGCUGAUUUUUUUGCUAUUGAGUUGGGAAAUGUGGAUGUAAUAUUGGGUAUGCAGUGGCUGGAUACAACAGGCACCAUGAAGAUACAUUGGCCAUCUCUAACAAUGUCCUUCUGGUUAGGCAAACAGAAAAUUAUCUUGAAAGGAGACCCAUCCCUCAUCCAAGCAGAAUGUUCCCUGAAAACCAUUGAGAAAACGUGGGAAAAUGAAGAUCAGGGUUUUCUGUUGGAAUUCCAAAAGUAUGAAGUAGACACGGAGGUGGAAGUGGAGCAGGAAAUGAAAAGGGACGAGGAAGAGAUUCCAAUGAUUAAAAAUCUGUUACAACAGUAUGCAGACAUCUUUGAGGAUCCAAAAAAACUACCCCCUAAGAGAGAAAUAGAUCACCGUAUAUUGGUUUUACCGAACCAAAGGCCCAUCAAUGUCAGACCAUAUAAAUAUGGUUAUGUACAGAAGGAGGAAAUUGAGAAAUUGGUGGUGGAAAUGCUGCAAGCAGGUGUGAUACGUCCCAGUCAUAGCCCUUACUCCAGCCCUGUUUUAUUGGUCAAAAAGAAAGAUGGAGGGUGGCGCUUUUGUGUAGAUUACCGGAAACUCAACCAAGUAACCAUAUCGGACAAAUUUCCUAUCCCAGUGAUAGAAGAACUGCUGGAUGAAUUACAUGGAGCCACGGUUUUCUCAAAACUAGAUCUGAAGUCCGGUUACCAUCAAAUAAGGAUGCAUAAGGAAGAUGUUGAGAAGACCGCGUUCAGAACACAUGAGGGUCACUAUGAAUUUUUGGUAAUGCCCUUCGGUCUUACAAACGCACCAGCCACCUUCCAAUCCUUGAUGAAUCAGGUAUUCAAACCUUUUUUAAGAAGGUGUGUAUUGGUAUUCUUCGAUGAUAUACUUGUAUAUAGCAAGGAUAUAUCAGAACAUGAGAAACAUCUAGGGAUGGUAUUUGCAGUGUUAGGGAUAACCAUCUAUUUGCAAAUAAGAAGAAGUGUGUCAUAGCUCACUCCAAAAUCCAAUAUUUGGGGCAUAUAAUUUCGAGUAAAGGAGUACAGGCUGAUGAGGAGAAGAUCAAAGACAUGGUGAAAUGGCCUCAGCCGAAAGAUGUCACGGGUCUGAGAGGAUUUCUGGGAUUAUCGGGCUAUUAUCGUAGGUUUGUGAAAGGAUACGGAGAAAUUGCAGCCCCCUUGACCAGAUUGUUGCAAAAGAAUUCUUUUGCGUGGGAUGAACAAGCAACCGAGGCUUUUGAAAAAUUAAAGAUGGCCAUGACUACUAUCCCGGUGCUAGCACUGCCGAAUUGGGAUCUACCUUUUUUAAUCGAAACAGAUGCUUCAAGGACAGGAUUGGAAGCUGUACUUUCACAGAAUGGUCACCCCAUAGCCUUCUUCAGCCAGAAAUUAUCGACACGAGCUCAGGCCAAGUCCAUUUACGAAAGAGAACCGAUGGCUGUAGUAUUAUCAGUGCAGAAAUGGCGUCAUUAUCUAUUAGGAAGGAAGUUUACAAUUAUCUCAUAUCAAAAGGCAUUGAAAUUUCUCCUAGAGCAGAGGGAAGUACAACCCCAAUUUCAGAAAUGGCUGACCAAACUGCUGGGAUACGAUUUUGAAAUAUUAUACCAACCUGGAUUACAAAACAAAGCAGCAGAUGCCCUUUCUAGGAUGGAAUAUCCGCUGGAAGUAAACUCCUUGACGACAACUGGCAUUGUAGACAUGGAAGUGAUAGACAAGGAAGUCAACCAAGAUGAGGAAUUACAGAAAACCAU